CUCGCGAGAUCUUCUUUCCUCCUACCACCACUUCCCCCACCUCCACCCCCCUUCUGAGAUCUCGCGACAUUCCUUUGACUCUUCCUUUUUCCCGGCGGCCGUCAAGAUGCCUUCUAGGCUAAGGAAGACCAGGAAGCUGAGAGGACACGUUAGCCACGGCCAUGGCCGUAUUGGUAAACACAGAAAGCAUCCUGGCGGCCGUGGAAAUGCUGGGGGUAUGCACCACCACAGAAUUAACUUUGACAAAUAUCAUCCUGGUUAUUUUGGGAAGGUUGGUAUGAGACACUACCAUUUGAAGAAGAACCAGAACUUCUGUCCUACUGUCAACUUGGAUAAAUUGUGGACACUUGUUAGUGAGCAGACAAGACUAAACUAUGCAAAAAACCAGGCUGGAUUAGCACCUGUCAUUGAUGUUGUACGCUCGUAAUACCUAGAAUCCCAUCAAGGGAUUGGGGUCCCAUUGUGUGCUAGGCUCUGUACGGACAUCCAGGAAAAGACCGUCCCAGCCUGAUGGAGGUUAGACUUGGGUUGAGAUCCUUCCUCUUUAGGUAAAAAGUUGGAGUGACAUAAUGGGGCUAUAUUGUCUUGUUUACACUACACUUUUGUCAACAAAAGUUAUGUGGGUUUAAUUAAAAUCACGAUUGUUUGUCCACACUAGCUCCUCAUGUUGCAGACGCACUGUUGUAGUUAGUUAUUCCACUGUAGUUAUCAAAUUAAUAUCCAUUAUCCCACCAUGCAACUGGCCGCAGGGUGCUUUGGGAAGAGUUUGCAAUGCCUCAUGGGGCAUGUACAUGGUGCAGGUUUCUCAAUCCCAUCUUUUCAGGGGCAUCCUAGUAGCUUGUCAGCGGAGAGAGGAGAGUGGUGUGGGAGGCGGGGGAGACAGCAGGUUGACCGACCUGUCCUGAGGCAGGAGGGAGCGGCAUCCUGAGCAACUCUGAGCUCUCCAUGCUGAAGAAUGUCAAAGCAGCACAGCAGGCGCCCCCCUUUCCAGCAGCAGUCUGUCUGUCUGCCUCUGUGUUCCUAGUGCAGGGCAGAACAGGAGCAUUCCACACUAGUGAUACUGCUCUUCCUUCCAGCACCUGGAGCUUUGAAAAGGGAGGGGCUCAUGUCUGCAGAGCAGCAGAGAUCAAAACAAUGAGCAGGGCGGUCACAGCAGGCAUUGUGGGAUACCAUAGAAGCCAGUUAUGUUGACAAAAUAAAUAGCAGUCUCUAUACCAGGGGUGGGCAAACUUUUUGGCCCGAGGGCCACAUUGGGAUGUGAAACUGUAGGGAAGGCUGUGCCUCCCCAAACAGCCUGGCUUCCACCCCCUGACUGCCCCCCUCAUAACCUCUGACCCAGCAAACUCCCCUUUCCCUCCGCUCUUUGUCCCCUGACCAACCCCACUCCCUAUCCAACCACCCCGACAGGCUCCCCGGGACUCCCAUGCCCUAUCCAACCCCUCCUGUUCUCCCCCACUGCCCCCGAACCUCCACCUCAUCCAACUGCCCCCUGCUCCCUUAUCCUGCACACACACACAUAGACCCCCGGCAGCACCCCCUUACCAUGCUGCUCAGACCAGCUGGUGCUUGCAGCCCCACUGCCUGGACGGAGCCAGCCAUGCAGCGGUGUGGCUGCAGGAGAGGGGGGACAGCAUGGGAGGAGCCGGGGGCUAGCUUCCCCGAGCAGGAGCUCAGGGGCUGGGCAGGACAUAGUUUGCCUACCUCUGGUCUAUACCGAUGCGUUGUCGCUUUAA